CAGCUCUGAUACUGGCUGCAGCCAGCAACACAACAGCAGCAAGUUGCAUCCGUGCAAGAGGAUCUGUUGAAUUUGCCGGCAUAUUUCAGUGUUAAGUUUCCACUGGGUUAUUAGUAACAAAGCUUUAUAGAUGGAUUCUCACAAAGAUGCCCAGCCGAAAGGAGACUUUGAAUGCCAACUAUGUGGGCUAACAGCCCCAUACAGCUAUUAUGGGCAGAAACCACCAAACACUCAUUCUGUUGUCCUCCUGGAAGAAUGUUAUGUCAUGAAAGACCCUUUCGUCCCCGACAAGGACAAAUUCCUUAUCCUUGGAUCUCAGUGCAGUUUGUGUAAUAGACGUGUAUGUGCGGGCACAGAAUGUAGUCUAUUCUACUCAAAAAGGUUCUGCCUCCCCUGCGUUAAUGAAAACCUACAGGGGUUUCCUUUGGAAAUACGACAAGACUUGGAUAAAAGGAAGUCUCAUUCAAAAUCCCACCCCUCCAAAAAAGCAGAUGCAAGAACUUAAAUUAAAAGCAACUGGAAGAGACACUGCUCAGAGUAUCAGAUAAAGAGGCACCAGGAAGACCAAGGUUUAUGAAAGACUGAAGGAAAAUGAGAUGGUUUCAUUCAGCAGAUGAGGUGAGUGGACAAAACAAAGAAGUCUCCUUAACUACCAGGCAGCAAGGAAGUAACGGUUAGGGCUCCUAACAGAGCAGGUAUUCAUAAUGGCUGACGGUCAAAGACUUAAUUAUGGGGACUACUAUUAGUCAAACACGAGGCAUGCACCUAAAACUGAGUCAGCUGCAUCACAUCCCCAUACAGAAUAAGCAUUCUGAAGGUUUGAGUUCUGAGGAACAAAUACUUUAAUUUAAGCUUUAUAAACAGUAGUAACUCCAUAUGCAUAUCAUCUACCUGCUGAGUCAAUUCUAGCACUGCAUUGAAGUCUCUCUCUCUAGAAAGUGCUGUCCUUGCUCAACCAUCCUGGCAACAAAACAUCACAUUUUAUCCCAAAUGGCAAAACCAAAAAUUCAUCAUUCACUGUAACAGUUAUUCAUUCUGGGCCAAACCUACCUCCCUUUCAAUGGAAGAACAGCAACUUAAAGUCAGUGGAAUCACUGUGAUUCUUCUGUACUGCACGCAUUCUGGACAGCACUGAACUUUACUCCACACUGGCUUCCUCCAAAGCAGCACAGACUAGUGGCUGGUGGUAGAAAUGGUGGGGAAUGGGCAAGGGUAUAGCCAGUGUUACAAUGAUUAUGUGGCUCCACCAGUCUAAUCACCUGCAUGGAGAAAAGUGGGUAUAAUGGGUGCUGCUCAAUAAGAUAAGAAUGCUGCCCUCCCUGACUCCCAUGGACAUUUACCUGAGCAAGGUUUGUUUAUUUAAGGCCUGUGCAAAGGUCCAGAAUUUGAACCUAUAUGAAAGUUGGAAACAAACAGGGACAGUGUACUGGAAAUGUAAUAAACCCAGAACAAGUCUGAAUUAAAUUUCCAGAAGGACAGAUAAUAAUAGGAAGUUGAAAUAUUUUAAAAGAUCCAGAGUAUUUAGGUCCAUACUUAACUUGAGAAGUCAAAUACUGGCAACUCUUAUGGUUUCAUUAUGAGUCUUGCAAUAUUUGAUAUUUUAUAUAAAGCCCCAUCUUCUGGAAAGAAAUGAUUAUGUGAGAAUCUCAGCCUUCAUUUAAGUUUCUAUCCCUCAUUCUUGGGAGUAAAGUUUGAAAAUGUGACCUAGAAGCCCCUAAAACACCUCCUGCUCCAAAAUCCAAGACAGUGAUAUAUCUUAUAGUUUUUAAGCCAACCUCAAUUUUUUAGCAUCUAAUUCAUGAACUUUGCAGUUGGCAAUGGGAAACAUUUUUAAUAGCAGAAAGUACCAUUGCUGAAAUCCUCUCAUUUUUCUCAAGAGUCACAGUGUACUGCAAUAAUACAUAAAAGCAGAUCAUUUCUCAAUCCACUAUUUUCUGAUAAAACUUGAAAAUCUAUCAUCAAAUUGAAUAGAUAAGGUAGGUGUCCUAUAGCCAUACUUUUCACUGCUGCUGGUUGUGAAAAAAGAAAAAAUGGUGGAUAGGAAAGGUAGCAUGUAUGCCAUCAUUUUGUGUAUAUGCAUUCUUUACUUUUCCCCUCCCCCAGACCAAGGCACCAGUUUGAACUGUGUGUGCCUAAGAAGUUACAUAAGCACAGAAACUGGCAUAGAUUCUAAGCACACUGAUGGAAGUACAGAUACUUUGUUUUUAACACUUGCAAUGUGUAAGCUGAAAAAAAAAUCACUCUAAUCUCACUCAAUAUGUAAAGCUCAAAUGACAAAAGCCUAACUGUACCAACAAGUCUCUAGCAGAAACAAGUUCUAUGAUGAAAACAGAGAUCGCUGUCCUGUGUUCUGGGAUUUAUCAAGCCUUACUCCCAAGUUGAUUCUGUUAGUGAAGUUUUAUGAUUCUGAGGCCUUGAAACGAGGCUACAGUAAAGCAGGCAUGAAAACUGACCCUUUUUCAGCCACAGAAAGUAAAGUAUUAUCAAAAUUGGCUGUCAAGAUCAUUGUUUUAACACCCCAUAAAAAAAGAUCAACAGAGAAACUCUCGGGGUAAAAA